CGGUUCGGCGGCUGGCUGGGCGGUGGGGGGCAGCGGCCAAGGAGACCCUGGGCCUUGCAGGGACGCUUCAGCUGUCGCGCCCAGAAGCCGGGCGGCCGCGUCGCCGGGCGGGACCAUGGCGAAGGAGGAGGACGAGGGGGAGCUGAAGGUCCCUGAGGAGAUGUUCAAGGAUGUCAAGUUCUUCGUGGUGGGAGACAUCGAUCCCAAGGUAAUUCAGCUUCUGAAAGACGGGAAGGCAAAGGAAGUUUCCUAUAAUGCUCUAGCUUCACACAUCAUUUCAGAAGAUGGGGAUAAUCCGGAAGUUGGUGAAUCUCGUGAAGUGUUUGAUCUUCCAGUAGUAAAACCUUCCUGGGUGACUUUGUCAGUUCAAUGUGGAGCUCUUCUGCCAGUAAAUGGCUUCUCCCCAGAAUCCUGUCAGAUCUUUUUUGGAGUUGCUGCUUGUCUAUCUCAGGUUUCCUCUGAAGACCGAAGUAUUCUGUGGGCUUUGAUUACAUUUUAUGGUGGGGAUUGCCAUUUGAGCCUCAAUAAAAAAUGUACUCAUUUGAUUGUGCCUGAACCCAAAGGGGAGAAAUAUGAAUGUGCCUGUAAACGAGAGAACAUUAAAAUUGUGACACCUGACUGGGUUCUAGAUUCUAUAUCUGAUAAAACCAAAAAAGAUGAGGUUCCCUAUCACCCUCGCUUAAUAAUAUAUGAGGAAGAAGAGGAGGAGGAAGAAAACGAAGAACAGGAUUCUCAAAAUGAAGGGAGCACUGAUGAAAAGUUAUCAAGUCCACCAUCUUCUCAAGAAGGAUCACCUUUGGGCAAUCGAACUUUUUCUCCUAAGUCUGCUGAUGCUGACAAAGCCAAAAGAGAACUGAUGUUUGACGAUUCAUCAGAUUCAUCUCCUGAAAAGCAUGAAAGAAAUUUGAACUGGACAACAGCUGAAGUUCCACAGACUGCUGCAACAAAGCACAGAUUGCCCUCAGGCAAGGAUUCUGGACUGAUUAAUUUGUGUGCCAAUGUCCCACCUGUCCCGGGCAACAUUUUGUCCUCUGAAAUCCGAAGUAAUAUAAUAGCUUCAGUACAAACUGCCCAAAGUUCUGGACAUCCUGAAAUGAUGGCAACAUGGAGUCCUGCAGUCCGGACACUAAGGAAUAUUACCAAUAAUGCUGAUAUUCAGCAGGUUAAUAGACCAUCAAACGUAGCACAUAUCUUGCAGUCACUUUCAGCACCUACAAAAACUUUGGAGCAACAGGUAAACCACAGCCAACAGGGACAUUCAAAUGCGGUAUUGCUUAGCCAAGUUAAAUUGACUUCAGAAGCACGCUUGGUGCAGCCGCCGCCGCAGCAUCACCAACCGCAGCAACCGCAUCACCAUCUCUUGCAUCUUCAACCCCAACAACUCCUGCAGUUGCAGCAACAGUCCCAGCCACCCCAGCCUCAGAUUCCCCAGCAGCCUUUCUCACAGCAGCCUCAUCAGUUUGCACCACAGCAGCACGUCCAUCAGCACCAGUUCCCGCAGCCGCAGCAGCCACCCUUUCCUUCCCAGCCAAUACAUUCCCAGCAGCAAAUGCACCGUCCCCAACAGCCAUUGCCGUUUCAGCAGCAGCAUGCCUUGCAACAGCAGUUGCAUCAGCUGCAACAGCAGCAGCUACAGCACCAGCAGCUGCAGCAGCUGCAGCAGCAAAACCUUCAGCAGCUGCAGCAGCAGCAUCAACAGCAACAACUUCAGCAGCAGCACUUGCAACGAAUGCAGCAGCAGCAGCAGCAGCAACAAAUGCAAAAUCAGACAUCACAGCACUUGACUCCAACAUCCCAGACGCUGCACCAUCCGGUCCCGGUUCAGGCACCACAGAAUCCCCAACAGCAACCACUGCAGCAGCAGCAGCUGUUUGGCCAUGACCCAUCUGUAGAAGUUCCUGAAGAAUAUUUCUUACUGGGCUGUGUCUUUGCGAUUGCUGAUUAUCCUGAACAGAUGUCCGAUAAACAACUGUUGGCAACUUGGAAAAGGGUAAUCCAAACACAUGGUGGUACAGUUGAUCCUACCCUGACAAGCCGAUGUACACACCUUCUGUGUGAAAGUCAGCUUAGUAAUAUGUACGCACAGGCUCUGAAAGAAAGGAAAAGAUGUAUCACUGCCCACUGGCUGAACACUGUGCUAAAAAGGAAGAAAAUGAUACCACCCCAUCGAGCGCUUCAUUUUCCAGUAGCAUUUCCACCUGGAGGAAAACCAUGUUCUCAUCAUAUAAUCUCCGUAACAGGUUUUGUGGAUAGUGACAGAGAUGAUCUCAAGUUGAUGGCCUACCUGGCAGGAGCGAAGUACACAGGCUAUCUUUGUCGCAGUAACACAGUUCUUAUCUGUAAAGAGCCAACUGGCUUAAAGUAUGAGAAGGCCAAAGAGUGGAGGAUACCUUGCGUCAAUGCGCAAUGGCUCUGCGAUAUAUUACUUGGAAAUUUUGAAGCUUUGCGGCAAAUGCAGCACAAUCGAUACACAGUAUUCAAUCUCCAAGAACCACUUGCUCCUAAUCAGCAACUAGUUCCAAACCUCCUUGAUGCUUGGAGAGUGCCUUUAAAGGUGUCACCUGAACUUCAAAUGAAUGUGAGAUUACCACUCAAACCAAAGCAGAAUGAACCAGUAAUUCAGCCUUCAACCAAGAGGCCAAGAAUUGAAGACGUGCCAACACCCACAAAAAAACUGACACCAGAAUUGACACCAGUGGUUCUUUUUACGGGAUUUGAGCCUACUCAAGUCCAUCAGUACAUCAAGAAACUCUACAUUCUUGGGGGCGAAGUAGCAGAGUCCGCUCAGAAAUGUACUCAUUUGAUAGCUAGUAAAGUAACCCGCACUGUGAAAUUCCUGACAGCAAUUUCAGUGGUAAAACAUAUUGUAACCCCAGAAUGGCUGGAAGAAUGUUUCAAGUGUCAGAAAUUUAUAGAAGAACAGAGCUACAUACUCCGGGAUGCAGAAGCUGAAGUCCUUUUCUGUUUCAGUUUGGAAGACUCUCUCAAGAGAGCGCAAGUGACACCGCUCUUUAAGGGGAAGUACUUCUACAUUACUCCUGGAAUUUGCCCUAGCCUGUCCACCAUGAAAUCGAUCGUGGAAUGUGCAGGGGGGAAGGUAUUGUCCAAACAACCUUCUUUCCGAAAACUUAUGGAACACAAACAAAAUAAGAGCUUGUCAGAGAUUAUCCUCAUCUCUUGUGAAAAUGAUCUACACUUAUGUCGAGAAUACUUUGCCAGGGGCAUAGAUGUCCACAAUGCAGAAUUUGUUUUGACUGGUGUUCUUACUCAAACACUGGAUUACGACUCAUAUCCUUUCAUAUGCUACCUCCCUCCCUAAAUAUUGUAAUGCUUUCUGUAAGAAUGCCAGGCUCACUGAAACAGGCUUAGUUCUCAGUGGUUGGCCAUAGGGAUAAUGUAUCUAAAAUAGACACAUGCAGACUGGAAAUUAUAAUGCAUUAUCUGCUAUUGCUGCAUGCUUGGGUCCUCUUUGUUCUGCUGAGGGCUUGCUGAAGCACAAACAGCAAUUUUCACUUUUGUUUAUAAAUACCAGUCAUUGGCUUUAAACUGUUGAGGUUUUUAAGGCAAGGAAUAGAUUUUGAUCCCCUUCUUUUGCAUAAUACGAGGUUAUUAUAUAAUGUAGUGGCAUAUGUAACGAACCAUAAUGAUCUCAAAAUGAUGACAUGGCGCAGUGAUGUCAUUACACAAAUGCUGAAAUUAUGUACUUCCAUCAUAACUUGAUGUUGCCAAAAUAAGUCAUUUACCUCGCUUGCCUCGUGCUGCUGAGGCCCAUUUAAAGAAACUGGUUAUGGUCGUAUAUGUAUUUGAAGGUGAAUUUUUCCCUUAACCAAAUCUACAUAUAAAUUUACUUGACUGGAAGUAAAAUGCCUGAUUUUGCUUCAGAUUUCUUGAAGCCUUCCUCCAAGCUUUUCCAGCCUGUGGAUCAGUUAAUCAGGACUUCGUGGAAUUCUUGUUUUCUCUUAUUUUGCUGAAGGGCAAAGAACAGAUUAAGGCAGGAGAGCAAAAUUUACUGCAUCUGUUUAAGAUGUGCCACUUUUUAUUAUUAAACAUAAUUAACUAUGUUUUUUUGUACUAUACUGUAGACCAGAGAGAUUACUUUUUAUACUGCAGAAUAGUUUUCCUGAUUUUUUUUAAAGUUUUAAUAAUCGGCAGUAUUCAACCAAAAUUAAAAUGUAAAGGAAAAAGGGCUUGUGUUAUGUUUAAAUUAUGGAAGUAAAUAUUUUGUACUUUAUUUUAUUAUGCUGUUAUAUUAAUACUAUCCCAUGUUUUAAAUAAACAUAGUUUUAAAUGAUUUUUCUUUAACAUUUAGUGGUGAUUUUUAUUUUUAAAAUGUUGUGCAAUUAUAGCACUUUCUGGUAAGAGUAAAUUACUCUGUUCUUCCAAAUGGUGCAAGAUAUUCUUCCAUUUAUUUUCCCGGGUGUGUUUUAAUAUUGAAAGCCAAGUAUUUUAAGCAGAGUUUAUUAACGUCACGUGUGUUCCUACUGCAAUUAGCUUGAACUCAUUCAUAUUUGCAGUGAUAAACUUUAUUUGUAAUUUUUAUGAAAUAAACGUGCAAAAUGGAA